AACUGCUCAGAGAUCCCCUCUCCCCUAGCACAGCGUGGCACUUCUGCGGGGCGGAGAGACGCGCCGGCCCCCCUGGCAAGGUUUGUGGCUUUAGGAGGCGCGGGGUGGCUCGGGACAGGUGGCGAGGUGUGGUCUGAAAGGGCUCCCCAAACCACCCCACCCCACCUUGCUGCCCCGCGACGGGGCUCCGGGGCGCAAAGCACACUUUAGCAGUCACUACCCAGACCUGACCACUUGCUGGCAAGAAUUCCCAACGCUUUACAAAUGUUAACUAUUGGGGGCACCUGUGGCUCACUGGCCCCAUAUACCGAGGGUGGCCGGUUCAAACCCGGCCCCGGCCAAAGGGGGGGGGGGAAAUAGAAAAUAGCCGGGCGUUGUAGUCCCAGCUACUCGUGAGGCUGAGGCAAGAGAAUUGCCUAGGCCCAAGAGCUGGAGGUUGCUGUGAGCUGUGAUGUCAAGGCACACUACUGAGGGCGAUAAAGUGAAAAAAAGAAAAAGAAAAAACAAACAAAAAAAGAAAACAAAACAAAAUGCAAAUGUUAACUAUUGUGCUCUUCACACCACCUUUGGUUCUGUUUUUGUCUCUCACUUAGAGACGGAGAAAUUGAGGCACAGAAGGGUUGGUGACCCUCUCCCGCGCGCCCCAGAACCUCUCUACCCUGAACCCGCGCACCUGCAGGGAGUUCACCUGCAGCUUUGCAUCCCGGGCCGGAUGUCUGCGUCUCACCUCCAUCCUGCCCCUGCGUCACACCUUCUGCCGAAGUACCCACGUCUCCCCCUCCUCCUCAGGCACUCAUGGACUGGUGAAGUCUGUCGUCAGGACGUGGGCGUCUCAGAAGGCGGGCGGUAUGGCUCAGGGGCAGCAUGGCAGGGUGAGGAAAACCUGCAGAUCCUGGUGGGAACAGAAGAGGACAGCUUCCCACUGAUGGAGAUCCAUGCUUGUGAGACCGAAGCCUCUGAGCAAUGGGACUACGUCCUCGUGGCUGACUGUCGCACCCAGAGAAACCCCACACAGGUGUACUGGCAGCAGCAGUUCCUGGACAAGCUCAAGGAAAAGGGCUUGCAUUCCAAGGUGAUAAAAGACCAGAAACAGGUGUUCUUUGGGAUCCGAGCUGGCAACCACAUCUUUGACCUGUACGGCACCCUCCUCAUGGAGCCCGAGGGCCCUGGCUUCAAUGUGGAGCCAGCCAUGCCCAUCCUCAUCCCAGCCACUACCAGAAUCCGAAUCCUGGACUUCGUCCUGAGGAAAACAGUGGUAGCUGGCGUGACAUUUGAGGAUCUGGUGAAGGAGGGAGUGUUUGAGGCCAGGUUCCCCCUGCACAAGGGGGAGGCAGAGCUGGAGAAAUGGGCCCGGUGGAGAAGCAUGUUCCACAAGCAGCCCAUCGACCAGAUCAGGAACUACUUUGGUGAGAAGGUGGCGCUCUACUUCGCCUGGCUUGGCUGGUACACCUAUAUGCUGGUGCCCGCGGCCCUCGUGGGCAUCGUUGUCUUUCUGAGCGGGUUCUCGCUCUUCGAGGCCAGCCAGAUCAGCAAGGAGAUCUGUGAGGCCCAUGACAUCUUCAUGUGUCCUCUCGGCGACCACGGCCGCAAGUUCCAGCGGCUUUCGGACACCUGCACCUUUGCCAAGCUCACCCAUCUUUUUGACAAUGACGGCACAGUUCUGUUUGCCAUCUUCAUGGCUCUAUGGGCCACAGUGUUCCUAGAGAUCUGGAAGCGGCAGAGAGCCCGAGUGGUGCUGCACUGGGACUUGUACGGGUGGGACGAGGACCAGGAGGAAAUGGCCCUCGAGCUCAUUAACUGCAAGAACUACAAGCUGAAGUUGCACCAGCACUCCUACCUGCGCAGCGGCGUCAUCCUUGCCUUGUCUCUGCUCAUGAUUUGCCUCAUGAUUGGCAUGGCCCAUGUCCUGGUGGUCUACCGCGUGCUGGCUGCUGCCCUGUUCAGCAGCUGGGCCUUGCCCUUCCUGGAGGAGCAGGUGACCACAGCCGUGGUGGUGACCGGGGCCCUGGUACACUAUGUGACCAUCGUCUUCAUGACCAAGAUCAACAAGUUCGUGGCGCUGAAGCUCUGUGACUUCGAGAAGCCCAGGACCUUCUCUGAGCGGGAGAGCAGAUUCACCAUCCGGUUCUUCACCCUGCAGUUCUUCGCACACUUCUCCUCCCUCAUAUACAUCGCCUUCAUCCUGGGCAGGAUCAACGGUCACCCUGGGAAGUCCACACGCUUGGCAGGUGUUUGGAAGCUGGAGGAGUGCCACGUCAGCGGCUGCAUGAUGGACCUGUUUGUGCAGAUGGCCAUCAUCAUGGGUCUCAAGCAGACGCUCAGCAACUGCAUGGAGUACCUGGGCCCAUGGCUGGCCCACAGAUGGCGCUCCCUGCCCUCCUUGGCCUCUGGGAGAGUGACCCAGGAUCCCGAGCUCAGGAACUGGCAGCGCAACUACCGCCUGAACCCUGUCAACACUUUCAGCUUGUUCGAUGAGUUCAUGGAGAUGAUGAUCCAGUACGGCUUCACCACCAUCUUCGUAGCUGCCUUCCCUCUGGCCCCACUGCUAGCGCUCUUCAGCAACCUUGUAGAGAUCCGCCUGGAUGCCAUCAAGAUGGUGCAGCUGCAGCGGCGUCUGGUGCCUCGAAAGGCCAAGGACAUAGGGACCUGGCUGCAGGUGCUGGAGACCAUCGGUGUGUUAGCCGUCAUUGCCAAUGGAAUGGUCAUCGCCUUCACAUCUGAGUUCAUCCCCCGAGUGGUCUACAAGUACCACUAUGGCCCAUGCAGCCAGGGGACCCAGCCUGCAGUGGACUGCCUCACAGACUACGUCAACCACAGCCUGUCCACCUUUGACACCAAGCACUUCCAGGACCCUGUUGGGAUAGAGGGCUCAGAAAAUGUGACCAAGUGCAGGUACCGCGACUAUCGAAAUGGCCCCCCUGACUACAACUUUUCUGAAAAGUUCUGGUUCCUCCUGGCCAUCCGACUAGCCUUUGUCAUCCUCUUUGAGCACAUUGCCUUGUGCAUCAAGCUCAUUGCCGCCUGGUUCGUGCCUGACGUCCCCCAGUCAGUGAAGAACAAGGUUCUGCAGCAGAAGUAUGAUGUUUUGGAGCAGAAGUACUGGAGACUCCGGGAAAAGAUGUGGAAUGAGAGGAUGGGCUGGGUGGGGGUAGGCCAGGCCCCCCCCUCCUGUGGCAGCACCAGGAGCACAGAGGUGUGAGGGACCAGAGGCACCAGCCACUGGGAGCUGACACUUAGAGCCACAGCUGAGCCUCCCACACCACUCAGGACUGUGUGCAUGCUGAAGGGUGUGGAGGGGAUGCUGUGUGGAUGAGGGAUCACAGAAGUGCCAUGUGUGUUUGGGGCAUCUGUACACAGCAAGUCUAUGGGCCUUGUUCCAUCUGAGGGCUCAGGCCUGACUUGAACCCUGGGGUGUCCCAUCACCCACAGAACUUAGGGGGCUUCUCAUGCUGUCCCUAUGCAGAAACGCUGCAAAAGAUUCUUGGGCCUCCCUCUGACUUCUAAGCCCCAGUAGUUGCCCUGGCCCCCUCCUGGUGGGGUAGGGUGGGGAGGCUGGACACCCUUGGCCAGCAGAAGUUUCUGUAAUAAAAUCAAACUUGUUUGUGUAGA